CGUUACAGGAAAACAAACCCCUAAUUCCUAAACCCUUUCUCUGCCGCGCUGCGCAGUGCUCCGCUUCUUUUCCCCCUUCUCCCGGUUCCAGGCUUGAUUACUCUUUCAUCGACUGUAUCUCCCUCCACCGCAGCCGCUUCCAUCUGCUCCACCGCCUGCUCGCAGCCUAAGCCACCGUAUCCCUAAGCAAGUGGGGUUCGGUCUUUUUCACCCAUUUGCUCAAUCAGGUGCGGUUGUUGGUUUUGGCUGCCUUUCUACCGCAAUCCUUCUCGGAGGGACUUCUUCAACCCUGGACGGCAUUGCAGGGUUGAGAUGCUGAAGGCGACUUACGUGAACAGCUCACUCGAGUGGAAGCCGUCUCCAGUUGUAGCCCUAGCUUCCAGCGCCGAUGACUCCCAAGUUGCCGCCGCUAGGGAGGAUGGCUCCCUGGAGAUUUGGCUCGUCUCUCCUGGCUCAGUUGGUUGGCACUGCCAGCUGACUAUUCAUGGCGAUCGUAGUUCAAGAGUUUCAUCGCUCGUGUGGUGUCGGGCUGGCUCGAAGGGAUUACCUUGUGGCAGAUUGUUCUCGUCAAGCAUUGAUGGGUCUAUUUCAGAGUGGGACCUUUUUCACUUGAAGCAAAAGAUUGUUCUGGAGUCAACUGCCUUCUCGAUUUGGCAGAUGGCGGUUGCACCUCCCAGUGGAGCACAUCCCUCAGAGGUCAAGUCUCAGAAUUUGGCAAAUGGCUUCUUGAAUGGCAUCCAUCAUGGUAACGAUCAUGAUGAUAAUGAAUCUAGUGAAAGUGAUGAUGAUUCAAGCUCUAACGAGCAUCUUAAUCAAGUUAUUGAAGAUACGCGCUUGGCAAUUGCUUGUGACGAUGGUUGUGUGCUUAUAUACACUGUUCCAGAAUCUGAUGAGUUGAUAUACAAUAGAACAUUGUCUAGGGUCAGUGGCCGCACUUUAUGUGUGACAUGGAGUUGUGAUGCGAGUAAGCUAUUCUCAGGCAGCAGCGAUGGUUUUAUUAGAUGCUGGGAUGCGACGCUGGGCCAUGAAAUAUAUAGAAUCACAGUUGGACUUGGUGGUCUGGGUGGUGGAACUGAAAUUUGCGUGUGGUCUCUGCUUGCACUGAGAUGUGGGACCCUCGUUAGUGCAGACAGUACUGGCACUGUUCAGUUUUGGGACUCUCAGCAUGGGACUCUCUUGCAAGCACAUUCUUAUCAUAAGGGUGAUGUAAAUGCGUUGGCAGUUGCUCCUAGUCAUACCAGGGUAUUUUCUGCUGGAUCAGAUGGUCAGGUUAUUCUUUAUAAGCUUUCUAAUGAUGUAGUUGGAUCUAGUGUUGAUACAUCUACGUCCAUUGUAAUGAAGAAAUGGGUCUAUGUUGGUUAUGUUAGAGCUCAUACACAUGAUAUUAGAGCUUUAACUAUGACUGUACCAAUCAGCCGUGAAGAUGCUUUACCUGAGGAGAAGGCGAAAAUGGGCCGGAAAAGGAGGAGGCAUAUUGAGUUUAGCUAUCACAAGUGGGCACAUUUAGGAGUUCCCAUGUUAAUUUCUGCUGGUGAUGACACAAAGUUAUAUGCUUAUUCUGCCAAGGAGUUCUCUAAGUUCUCUCCCCACGACAUCUGUCCCGCACCUCAGAGAAUGCCCAUUCACUUGGUUCUUAAUACCGUGUUCAACAAGAAUCCCUUACUUCUUGUCCAAGCAUCUAAUUCCUUAGAUAUUUUAUCUGUCCGGUCAAAUAGUGGAAACAUAGCAGAUGGUGUUCCUGGUUCAUCAAAGGGCCGUGCAACCACAGAUUUACUGGCUAGAAUAAAAACAAAAGCAUCCCGUAAGAUCAUAUGUAGUGCCAUUUCUAAUACUGGAAUGCUAUUUGCUUACUCAGACCACAUUAAGCCCAAUCUUUUUGAAUUGAAGAAGCAUGAAGCUAGCAAAAUUGCAUGGACAGUAAGCAAAAUACCACUUCCUCCCAAGUUGCCAUACUCGCAUUGUAUGAUCUUUAGUUCUGAUUCUUCAAGGCUAAUAUUGGCAGGCCACAACAGAAAGAUAUAUGUUGUUGAUAUGGAGACCUCUGAGUUAGUGCAUGCCUUCACUCCCCAGCGUCACAAUUACAAUGAGGAAUUACCGCCCUCUGAGCCUCCAAUGACAAAAAUGUUCACCAGCAACGACGGACAGUGGUUAGCUGCCGUUAAUUGCUUUGGCGAUAUUUAUGUGUUCAACAUGGAGACACAAAGGCAACAUUGGUUCAUUUCGAGACUAGAUGGUGCUUCUGUUACUGCUGGUGGUUUCCCACCACAAAAUAACAAUGUGCUUGUAGUCACUACCUCCGCAAACCAAGUUUAUGCAUUUGAUGUAGAGGCAAAACAGUUGGGGGAUUGGUCAAGGAGGCAUACUUCCUAUCUACCAAGGAGAUACCAGGAGUUUCCUGGAGAAGUUAUUGGUCUCUCUUUUCAGCCUUCGUCUGCUUCUGCAUCUGCCUUCAUUUAUAGUGCAAGGGCAAGGUGUCAGAUCGACUUCGGGAUGCCAGUGGAUAGAGAGGAAGAUGGUGACUUGGCUAACGGUCCUGUUUCCACAAAAAAGAUACGAUUGAAAACCCCGGUGAACAACGGUAGCCUGAAAAGAAUACUGAAAGAGUAUCAAACAAAGACUGAAAAUAGGAAGAACUUUGAAUUUCAUUCUUUCAGGGAUCCCGUGUUAUUCAUGAGGCACCUUUCAGAGAAUAGCAUAUUGAUCGUCGACAAGCCAUGGUUAGAUGUAGUUAAAUCUUUAGAAGCUCCUCCAGUUCACAGACAUAUAUUUGGCACUUAAAGAGUGUUGUGAAAAGAGUUAUAAUGAAUCAGUUGAUCUACAACAAGACGAAAGAGGGGAUAUCAGGUAAGGCACUCAGAAGCAGAGUGGUAAACUGAAACCGGUGGGUUUCCCUAGGCUUCCCGUGGCAGCUACUUGGGGGGAGAAUGCAGGUGCUCUCAAGCCUUGCUCAUGGGUUUCGCAUUUGAUUUGGAAAGAAGGAUUGACAGUUUUGCAGGCCAAGGUUGGCGAUUGUGGGACUUGUACUACUGCAUGGUUUGGGGGUCGGGGCUAUUUUCUUGUUGUUUAUUGGAUCCCUAUUAAUAGUUCUUCUAUGCCCUUUUUGGAGGGUUGUCUUUUUCUUUCCAUAUCUUUUUGGUGCGUUGUUUCUGGGGACCUUAUAGCAACGGUAGUAGUUCAACUCAAUUUUGUCCUAAAUUUUGGCCUAAAUCUAUACGAAAUGUACAAGUUCCCCUAACUCCAUCCUGUCCAAUGAAUUGUUGUAUUGUUUCAUA